AUGGCAGGCGCACAGGCCACCUUCGGGGCCUGGGACUACGGGGUCUUCGCGCUCAUGCUGCUGGUGUCCACGGGCAUCGGGCUGGGGGUUGGGCUGGCACGCGGCGGGCAGCGCAGCGCCGAGGACUUCUUCACGGGCGGCCGCAGCCUGUCGGCCCUGCCCGUGGGCCUGUCGCUGGCGGCCAGUUUCAUGUCAGCGGUGCAGGUGCUGGGCGUGCCGGCCGAGGCCUCCCGUUACGGCCUCAAGUUCUUGUGGAUGUGCCUGGGCCAGCUGCUCAACCUGCUACUCACCACCACACUCUUCCUGCCCGUCUUCUACCGCCUGGGCCUCACCAGCACCUACCAGUAUCUGGAGAUGCGCUUCUGCCGCGCGGUGCGGCUCUGCGGAACCAUCCAGUACCUCGUGGCCACAAUGCUGUACACCGGCAUCGUGAUCUACGCCCCUGCACUCAUCCUUAAUCAAGUGACGGGACUGGAUAUUUGGGCGUCCCUUCUGUCCACCGGGAUCAUCUGCACUGUCUACACUACUGUGGGAGGCAUGAAGGCUGUGGUCUGGACCGAUGUAUUCCAAGUUCUGGUGAUGCUAAUGGGUUUCUGGGUGGUCUUGGCCCGUGGUACUAUGAUCGUGGGUGGACCCCAGCGUGUGAUUGAGCUCGCCCAGAACAAUUCCCGGAUCAACCUGAUGGACUUUAACCCUGACCCACGGAGCCGCUACACUUUCUGGACUUUCGUGGUGGGGGGCACGCUGGUGUGGCUCUCUAUGUACGGAGUGAACCAGGCGCAGGUGCAGCGCUAUGUGGCCUGCCGCACAGAGAAGCAGGCCAAGCUGGCCCUGAUCAUCAACCAGCUGGGCCUCUUCCUGAUCGUGGGCAGUGCUGCAGGCUGUGGCAUCGUCAUGUUCACACUCUACAUUGACUGUGACCCUCUCCUCACAGGUCGCAUCUCUGCCCCUGACCAGUACAUGCCCCUGCUGGUGUUGGACAUCUUUGAGGACCUGCCUGGCAUCCCAGGGCUCUUCCUGGCCUGUGCCUACAGUGGUACCCUCAGCACCGCGUCCACCAGCAUCAAUGCCAUGGCUGCUGUCACAGUGGAGGACCUCAUUAAGCCUCGAAUGCCAAGCCUGACACCCCGGAAGCUUGUGAUCAUUUCCAAGGGACUCUCUCUCAUCUACGGCUUGGCCUGUCUGACUGUGGCAGCUCUGUCCUCGCUGCUGGGGGGCGGUGUCCUUCAGGGCUCCUUCACCGUCAUGGGCGUCAUCAGCGGGCCCCUCUUGGGUGCCUUCAUCCUGGGAAUGUUUCUCCCUGCCUGUAACACUGUGGGAGUGCUCUCGGGGCUCUGCGUGGGCGUGGCGCUGUCGCUGUGGGUGGCUGUGGGCUCCACCCUGUACCCGCCCAGCGAGCAGACCAUGGGGGUCCUGCCCACCUCGGCUGCGGGCUGCCCGAUGUCGCCCACCAACGCCUCUGACCUCCUGAGUCCACUGCUCGCCUCCAACACUUCCAGCCGGAACCCCAGGCCCCAGAAUGCACGAUCGGAGCGAGGUGAGGAGCACGCACUCUCAAGUUCUAGUUUACACAGCGUCGACAACUCUGCUGCAGAGAUGGUCAACAUACCCAAAACCCAAAGGACUUUCUGUAAGAAGUGUGGCAAGCAUCAACCGCACAAAGUGACCCAGUACAAGAAGGGAAAGGAUUCCCUGUACUCUCAAGGCAAGAGGCGCUACUAUCGGAAGCAGAGUGGCUAUGGCGGGCAGACAAAGCCCAUUUUCGGGAAGAAGGCCAAAACCACAAAGAAGAUUGUGCUGAGGCUUGAAUGUGUUGAGCCUAACUGCAGGUCCAAGAGGAUGCUAGCCAUUAAGAGAUGCAAGCAUUUUGAACUGGGAGGCAAUAAGAAGAGAAAGGGCCAAGUGAUCCAGUUCUAA